UAUAGGAUAUAAUAUAAUAUUUUUAGCCUUCCCGUCUCAGUAUAUUGUACACGUCGUGAUAAUUGGCUAUUUCACGAUUAUAAAAUAAUUUGCUUGUUGGUAUUAUUAAAAAUGAAUAUAGAGACGAAUAGGCUGAGUACGUUUGCUAAUUGGCCUGCGUCAGCUCCGGUGGACCCGAUACGGAUUGCGAAAGCCGGGUUCUUCUAUACGGGCGAAGGUACGGAGGUGCAGUGUUUCAGUUGUGGUGGAAAGAUCUCACAGUGGAAUUAUGGAGACCAAGUUAUGACGCGUCAUAGGAAUAUGGAGCCGAAUUGCGCGUUCGUGCAGAACUCUCAGUUGUCAGGGAAUAUUCCGCUGGUUUUGAGGCAGGAUUGCCCCAAUGACAACAUGGUGAUUUCAACUGCUACCCAACAGAACAAUGCAGAUACUCAUGAUUAUGGUUUAACUGAAGAUGAUGCAAUGUACAGGACUGAUUUGUUGCGGCUCUUGUCUUUUACAAAUUGGGAAGAUAAUUCAGUUUCCCGAGAGUCUUUAGCGAGUGCUGGAUUCUAUCAUGCAGGAGAGGGCCGUCUGAGGUGUGCCUGGUGUGGUGGAGAGCUAGCUCCAUUCAGGAAUUUUGGAUCUUUGGGUCAUCCCUUAGAUGUACAUAGAAUGUACUUCCCGCGUUGUGCGCAUGCGGCUCAAAUGCGCGCGCGCGCGCAAACUCCACCAGAUUCUCCCUCCACAGAGCUUACCCCUCCUCUUCAUUCGCCCUCUGAUACCAAUGCUACUCAACCACAGUCAUCUGGAGCAGCGCACAACGAGCGGCUGUUGGCUGCUGGAGGUACAUGGCGAUCCCUGGGCGUUGUGGGCGGCGGCGCGCGGCAUCCCGCACAAGUGGCGCUGGCCGCGCGACUGGCCACCUUCGAAGGCUGGCCGGCUGAUCGCGCGCAGACGCCACGUACUUUGGCUGAUGCGGGAUUCUUUUAUACUGGGACUGAUGAUCAGGUGCGGUGCUUCUACUGCGACGGUGGGCUAGGCAGAUGGGAGGCGAGUGACGCGCCGUGGUCGGAGCACGCUCGUUGGUUCCCGCACUGCGGAUUCGUGCUGCUCGUCAAGGGGCAGCAGUUCGUCGAUAGUUGCCGAGCACCCACCACUGCUGUAACUAGAUGUUUGUCAGCAGAAAGCGGCCUUAACAGACGACGGCUCGCUGGCGUGAAUUUUCCUGUCAGUGAGAGUCAGAUAGACGAAUGUAUGGAAAGCGAAACUGUGAUGGCGGCGCUGGGCGCAGGUUUGGACGCUGCAAGAGUUCGACGGGCGAUCAUGAGGCGACUGCGAACUACGGGUCUCCCAUUUAACACUUCCGAGGCGUUAAUAGACGCAGUUCUUGAUGAGCAACUCAAUGAAGAAGCUUGGAGCGUAUCUCCGCGCAACCAGCGGUUAGCCAGAGAUAUCUUAGCUGAGACUUUGCGGGACUUUGCGCCGAGAUCUGGUAUAAUCCCAUCAACACAAGACGAAAGCUCGGAGAAUCGAAGUUCGCCAUCCCUUAGCCCACCAAGAUCGCCUGUACCAUUAGAACCGCUAUCAAGCCAAAGUGCUCAUUCCGAACCGUCGUUGACACAGAUCAAUGAAUCGGAACCACAGACAAGCAAAGCUGAGAGGCCUGAAAAGAAAUUCACACCAUUUAAUAAAACUUUGACUCUAGAAGAAGAGAAUAGACAAUUGAAGGAAGCAAGGCUUUGUAAAGUCUGUAUGGAUAGUGAGGUGUCGGUGGUGUUCCUGCCGUGCGGGCACCUCGUGUCGUGUGGCGGUUGCGGUGCGGCGCUGGCCGCCUGUCCGCUCUGUCGCGCGAGUGUACGCGCUCUCGUCCGGGCCUAUUUGGCGUGACCGCCUAGCGCUGCUCAAAUCCAGGACUACAGCACAUCGAUAUAGAGGGCAUCAUAAUAGAAUGGUCCUCAAUACAUUUUGUGCGUUACUAGUUUCUCGUCUUGAAUGUCUGUAUGUCGUCGGUAUGUAUUGUAUGUGGUAUUUAUUACGCAGUAAAUUAUUAUGUAUUUUUUUAAGUAGGCAUUAUGACUGUCAGUUUUUAUCAAAGAAGUAAUUUAACAAAUUGUUGACGUCUGAUGUUCCUCACUCUUAUCACGAAAUCUGAUAAAUAUAUUGUUUCUAUUUAAAAUUAGAUUUAUCAGUUCCUUGAAUUACGUUAGUUAAUUAAGUAAUUUUAAAAUAAUCCAGUGUUGUAACAUUCUCGUACUAUUAUUAAGUGACUAAAUUUUAUAUAAAACCCGACCGAUAUAUCUGUGGACUUCGGGUCACCUUCCUCUUCGUCUAAUGUCACUCCCUCGUUCGCACAGUACCGUCGUUACGGCAACCGUAGGACUAAAACGUCCUUCGAUAUGUUACUGAUGUAAUUUCAACUUGAUUUCAAAGUUAAUCUGACAUGUCGCACAUAACACCAACUCAAAAAUGGUGGUAUUGGGAUUUGAAAUUUAAAAGACAAAAUACUGAAUGAAUUUUAUUGCGAAUAAUGGGAUUAUUUUUAUUUAUACAAUAAUAUUUAGCCAUCCUCUUAUACAGGAGAUUAUAAAGUUAUUGGUUCCGUUUAGUGAUUUUUGAACUUUCAAAUCGAGUUUUCUCAAUGCCACCAUUUUUGAGUUACGACAAUACUUGGUUUCAUAUGCGAUGUUUUAAUGCUGACCAUAUCAAACCUCACAGUGCUAUUUUUCAAUAAGUCCACAAUUAUCUCGGUCAAGUAGUAAUUACUAUAUACUUUUGUUUAAAAUAGAAUUAUUUCAAAAUCUACCUGUAUGAAGUAGUGUAAAGCAUACAUUUCAUUAGUUCUCUAAAUAUAGAUUGACGAAAACUAAUCGCCUAAUGCCUAGACCUUCCUGAUGUGUGCGUUUGUAAAAUGUGUUAUAUUGUAUGUCACACUUUCGCAAUGUGUCUGCGUGAUAAAAUAUUGAUUGCGUUGAUUUAAUGAAGUUAACGGGUGACUUGAAUAGAAAAACUUAAGCGAGUUAGGAAAAACGGCGUGAGUAGAAAUAAAAACCAGUUCGACUGAAUAGCGCCAGGAUGUAAGUAUAAAAAUAUUUCAUGGAAUGUAAAGAAAUGUUAGCAUACUUUAUUUUCUAUUUUCAUGAGAUUAUACCGUACAAUUACUAUAGUGUAAUCGUACAAGGUAGUCUUCGCUUUAGAUAGCGCGAAUGGGAGAACAAUGUUUCUGCGUAACUGUGUCUCUUUGCUGCGAACUAUUUUUGGUGGUACUUGGUCAUCUUGUGUGUUAGUAUCCUCCAUGCACUCACAUACAUCCCGCUUCUGGGCUACUUUAAAAAAGGGUUUAAAUCAUAGUCCGCUACUCUGGGCAAUUGGGUUUUGGGAACAUUCAAAUAUUCUGAAAAGUUUCUUAACCUUCUACACUAUUGGUCACUUGUGACCAUGGGCUUUGUGAAGAGCCUGAAACGUUCAUAAGCUUGAUGGAAUAAACGUAUAUUGUAUAAGCGAUUUAGGUCCAAAAAAAUGUUACUUUUCCAAUAAACUGUAUAUUAUAGAGAAAUAAAAAAGUCAUAAUUAAAACCCACGCGUCCAGGGGAAUAGCGUGAUCCCAUAUACGAUGUAUUUAUAUAGGAACAUAGAAACUGACAUUUCUCCGAACAAGCCAAGUGUAAUACGAUAAGACAUCCAAAUGCCAAGAAAUUCGCUAGCAGAGUUGACGACAGACAGCUGAUUUAUAUUUCUUACGGCGGAGAGACAGAUGAAGCAGAAACAUUGUUCCCAUACUGCUACUCACUGAAGGUGUGUAUUAGUUUACUUACACCGUGAGGUAUUGUGCAGCGUAAGUGCUAUUUAGUGGUGUAGUAAGACCCAUUUCUACUAAAGCCAAGCAGAUAUAAGGUUGUGUUAUACUACUAUUGGUUAGAAGAUGAAUCGUGUUUUAAUUACAAAUAGUAUUUUGUUAUUUUCAAUACGUGACCAAGUAGUAUGUAUAAUUUUUUUUAAUUAUUCAAUUUCACCAACUUCUGCU